CAAUUAUUGUUCAAUUUCUUUGAAGCAGUAGUGUUUCUUUAUGAAUUGUAUCGUAAUUUACCAAAACCCUUGCUUUUUCCGGGGGGAGCUUUGCGUGUCAUAUAAAAAGUUCGAUCACAACAUAAAAACACGUUUAUUUCAUGAAUUCAUCAGUUUUUUCCUCCUCCUUUUAAUGAAUUUCUGUGUGCUCUAUUUUCUAUUUGAUAUUUUCUGGAAAUUUGUAAUAUAAUUUUUGGGUAUUUUUUUGGUGAUUUGUGUUCACAACAUGUUUGGCUAAUUGAUAUAUAGGUCACAUAUUAGGGAGAAUAAUUAUUCUUGUAGGUCGUCGAGAUUAGUCAAUCAAAAAGUGCAAUUUGAAAUCGGCUUGAUCAGAUGUCAUCAGAAAUCAAGCUAGACAUAGGGAAUAACUAUGACCAUUAUGAAUCAGAAGUAAGUCCUCUAGACGGAAAUGACACAAUGGCUGCGGGGAACAAUGGAAUCUACAACAAGUCCAUUAGUGACAUUGCAUCACCAAGGGAGCGUAGGUCAUUAGGUGACAGGCUUCUUCGACCCAAUCGAACAGUACAAAACAGCAUUGGCAACCGUGUGUUUCAAGAGGAAGAAGAGAGGGAACACAAAAAUGUAAAGAAACCCGCAGGCCCUCUUGUGUCUGGUGCUGCUUACUGUUUUUCCUCCUGUAGCAUGAUAUUGCUGAACAAAGUAGUUCUUUCAACAUACAACUUCAAUGCUGGGAUAUCUUUGAUGUUUUAUCAGAACUUAAUUAGCACAGUGAUCGUUGUUGUUUUGAGUAUAUGCGGGUUUGUCUCAGUAGAAAAAUUCAGCUGGAAGCUCGUCCGGGUAUGGCUGCCAGUCAACACUAUCUUUGUGGGGAUGCUUGUAUCAGGCAUGUACAGUUUGAAGUACAUAAAUGUUGCAAUGCUGACGAUUUUGAAGAAUGUGACUAAUAUUAUUACAGCAGUUGGGGAUUAUUAUUUAUUCCGGAGACACCAGAAUCAGAAAGUUUGGACUGCAAUGUUUUUGAUGAUAAUAUCUGCUGUAACUGGUGGCGUCACGGAUCUUUCAUUUGAUGCUACAGGAUAUGCUUGGCAACUUAUAAACUGUGUUCUGACAGCAAGCUAUUCACUUACUUUGAGAAUGGUUAUGGAAAAAGCAAAACAACUGACAAAAUCAGGAUCUCUAAAUGAAGUUUCAAUGGUAUUGUUGAACAAUUCAUUGUCAUUACCAUUUGGACUGAUCUUGAUUCUUAUGUUUGAUGAAUGGAGUUAUGUCAGAAACGCCAAUGUAAUUACAAUGCCAAUGUUUUGGGCUGCAGCAACACUCAGCGGAUUAUUGGGACUUGCCAUCAGCUUCACUUCGAUGUGGUUUUUAGGUCAAACCAGCCCUACAACUUAUAGCUUGGUGGGAUCCUUAAACAAGAUACCUAUAUCACUUGCUGGACUAUUGUUGUUCAAUGUUCCGCUUAGUGUACCGAAUCUCUUCAGCAUACUAUUUGGUCUAUUUGCUGGGGUAUUCUUCGCCAGAGCCAAGAUGUCCUGAUUUGUAGGUUUAUGUCGUCGAACAGAUAUACAACAUAACUAAGCAACUUCUACAGAGACAAUUCUUCUGUGCUUCACAACUGCAGAACAGCUGAACAUACUCCUGUCUCCUUCCUUUGGAUUGAUUGUCUCGUUGUUAGUGAAAUUUGAACUAGUAAAGUGGCAACUAAACCUGGACAGAAGUAGUAGUAUACAAGAAGUUGAUCCAUCAUUUUUGUCACUAGGAAGUUGGAUCAAUUACAAUGCAGAUCUAUUGUUUUACUCGCAUAGUUUUUUAAAGCUUUUUCCUCAUUUCAAUUAUUCUUUGCAAGUAAACAGUUACAUUAUUCAGAAAGUUGGCUGAUUGGCUUUUUUCCAUAAAAUAUUUUGUUGUCUAAA